GAGAAAAGAAUUUUUAUACAAAUUAAAAUAAAAUUUAUCUGGGGUUUGUAAAAUUCAUUUGUUUUUUUGGCAAAAUUUGUCAAAAUUUAUUUUUUUGGUGAAAAAUAUUAUAAUAGUUUAUUUACUGGAAAAUUAAAUUAACAAAUUGAUGGCGUGUGAAGAGUGUCGUAUUGGUUUUCACAAAUCAGGCCAAUCACCUAUUGACAUUGAUGACAAAUCAGUUGUUUCUACUAAAUUUCCACAAUUAAUUUUGACAGGACACUGGUUAAAUGAUGGUUAUGCUUGUAUGGUUAAUAAUGGAGAAACAGUUAAGAUAACAUUAACUGGCGAUAGAAUCCCCUCAACUAUUAAGGGAGGACCUCUAUUAGAUGAUGUUUAUGAAUUUGAAAAUGUUCAUUUUCAUUGGGGGGAAAAUAAUUGUCGUGGUUCCGAACACACAAUCAAUGAUACCUGGUUUUCCAUGGAAGCCCAUGCAGUUCACUGGAACAGAAAAUAUAUGACAUUUGCUGAAUGCUUGAAUCACAAAGAUGGAAUUUGUGUUCUCGCAUUCCUAUUUCUGGCAACUGAUAAAAAUAGUUUCUGGAGUAAUUUUCAAUUAGAAGGAAUCACAGAUAAUUUGAAAUACAUUCACGAACCCGAAAUAAUAACUGAAAUUCCAGCUAAUUGUCUUUACUGGAUAAAAAGUUGUUUGACUGCUCCCAGUUAUUACACUUAUCGAGGAUCAUUGACAACUUAUCCUUAUAACGAAUGUGUUACAUGGAUCAUAAGUCCAAAAACUAUAAUGAUUUCUGCCUCACAGAUCGACGAAUUUCGUAAACUAAAAAAUGAUAAGAAUGAAAAAAUAAAGGAUAAUACAAGAAAAGUUCAAAAUUUACGAGGAAGACGAGUUUUUCUUAGCUGUUAAUAGAUGAUUUGGAGUAAUUAUUUUAUUUUAUUUUAUUAUUUUUAUUAUUUUUUUUAUCAUUUAAAUUGCUAAGUAAAAU